AUGGUUACCAUUGUUUCCCCAGCGCCAUGCCUGAGGUGUAAGAUAGUGGUGAACUGCACCAACCCCAACACCAUAUCCCUUCUGGCCGCCCUGGAGAACGUCAUGAAGUUGUACUCCAUACGACCUGUCAUGAACCUCUCAACCCCCACCAACAUCAGCAUGUACUUCACUCUCUACGGCAUCCUGGGUGUGUCGUCCCCAUAUUUCAUCCUGUCUUACAGUAUGGAUGAAAACAGAGCUCCCAUCGUCCCUUAUGUGUACAUUAAGCACACUGGUAUAGUGCGAGACGCCAACCCUGUCAGAGUGGUUAGCUCCUGUAACCUGGAGAUCUACGCCUUCCCCUUUGACGUCCAGAACUGCACCUUCACCUUCAGAUCCUACAUCCACCGCGUGUCGGACAUAAGGAUUGUCUUAGGGAAGAAGGUGGAGGACAUCCUGAAACGCUCCAUUAGCGUGUUGGCCACCGAAGGGGAGUGGGAGCUGAUGGACAUCAAAUACAGCAAGCUCAAGUUAUCAUCAUUUGAUCAGGGAGAAAGCAACUCCUAUGAUGAGCUCUGCUUCUUUAUUAUCCUGAGGCGCAGAGCAACCCUCUACGUGGUGAACCUCCUGAUCCCCAGCUGCUUCCUCAUCACUGUGGAUCUCUUCAGCUUCCUGCUGCCUCCCCAGAAUGUGGACCGCUCCUCCUUCAAGAUGACCCUUAUUUUGGGCUACUCGGUCUUCCUGCUCAUCAUAAAUAACCUGCUGCCAGUCACAGGAAGCACCAUUCCACUGAUAAAUGUGUUUUUCGCCAUCUGCUUGGCUCUGAUGGUGGCCAGCCUGUUGGAAACUAUUCUCAUCACCAACCUCCUGGUCGGCUCCAGUAACUUCCACCCAGUGCCUGGCUGGGUCCGAGUGCUCGUUCUGCGCUUCAUGGGCACCCUCGUCUGGAUGCCUCAGAAAUCAAGAGAGGACAAGAUCAUCCUCAAUCCAGUUGCAGGAGACGUGAAAGUCUGCCCUCUAGUGUCGGUGGAGAGGCAGGUUCAAACAGCAGAACAAGGUGAGAUGUGGGCAGAGGCAGGCGAUUCAGCCCUGGCGGAGCUGAGGAAGCUGGGCAAUGAGCUGCAGUCCAUCCGCAUCCAGGUGGCCCAGCAUGUGGACGGGAACCAGAUCUCCCAGGACUGGAUGCAGGUGGGCUACAUCCUCGACCGGCUGCUGUUUGGCGUCUACUGCAUCUUCAUCACCUUCAGCUUCAUCGUCAUCCUCAGCAUCUGGAGUAAUUCGUACAACCAGUGA